AUGUGCGGUCUCUGUCCUGCAGAGUUCAUCCAGGGCACGCACCUGCAGCGCCACAAGAUGAUGCACACUGGCGAGAAUCCAUGGAAGUGCGAUCUCUGUCCUGCAGAGUUCAACCGGAAUGCGCAUCUACGGCUGCACAAGCGGACACACAAUGGGGAGAAGCCAUACAAGUGUGACGUCUGCCCUGCAAAGUUACGCCGGAGCAGUGACAUGCAGCGCCGUAAGAGGACACGCACCGGUGAGAAGCCAUACAAGUGCGAUGUCUGUCGUGCAAAGUUCAGCCGGAGCGGGCACCUACGGGACCACAAGAGGACACACACUGGCGAGAAGCCAUACAAGUGUGACCUCUGUCCUGCAGAGUUCAUCCAGAGUACGCACCUGCAGCAUCACAAGAAGAAACACAUGGGCGAGAAGCCAUGCAAGUGCGAUGUCUGCCCUGCAGAGUUCAUCCAGAGAAGUAACCUGCAGUGUCAUAAGAGGACACGCACCGGUGAGAAGCCAUACAAGUGCGAUGUCUGUCGUGCAAAGUUCAGCCGGAGCGGGCACCUACGGGACCACAAGAGGACACACACUGGCGAGAAGCCAUACAAGUGUGACCUCUGUCCUGCAGAGUUCAUCCAGAGUACGCACCUGCAGCAUCACAAGAAGAAACACAUGGGCGAGAAGCCAUGCAAGUGCGAUGUCUGCCCUGCAGAGUUCAUCCAGAGAAGUAACCUGCAGUGUCAUAAGAGGACACACACUGGUGAGAAGCCAUACAAGUGUGGUGUCUGCCCUGCGGAGUUCAGCCGGAGCGGGCACCUACGGGACCACAAGCGGACACACACUUGA